AUGGAUGACUUAAGAAAAUGUCUAGAAGAAGACAAGACCAUACAAGAAAUAAAAAACAACAUUAAGAAUAAAAAACAUUAUUUUAUUGAAAAUGGAAUAUUAUAUAGAAGAAAACAACCACCAGUGCCAUACGUGCCAGACGGACGAAUACAUGCUGACAUAUUAAAAAUUUAUCAUGCUACACCUACUAAUGGAGCUCAUUUUGGACGUGGCAAAACAACAAGAAAAAUUCAAGAACGUUGUUACUGGCUAACAAUGAUAGCAGAUAUUAGAAAUCAUUUAAAUUCAUGUUUACCAUGUGCACAAAACAAUUAUCGUCGUCAAAAAUUACCAGGAAAAUUAAAACCAAUACCACCACCAGAAGGAAUAUGGAAAUUAUUAAGUCUGGAUUUUCAUGGUCCAAUAACACCAACAUCAGAACAAGGAAACAGAUACAUUAUAUCUCAUACAGAUGUAUUAUCAAAAUUUGUUAUUACAAAAGCCGUUCGAGAUGGUUCAACAACAACAGAAGUGAAAUUCCUUAUAAAUGAUGUUAUAUUAAAAUAUGGAACUCCCACAUGA